GUUUUCCGAGACACAGUGACUUGUCGUGCAAAGUUCCAUCAUCACUGUGUGCGCGGACUGUGCCCAGUCGAAAGUCGCGAAGACUCCCAGCGGCCAAACGAUCGCAUUUGAUUCUCAAACACCAGUGAUCCAGGGCAUUAUGGAUAUCAAUGCCAAUAAUGAGACUGCGUCUCUGGCCGCAUCGAGUGGCCACCCUGCACGAGCAAUCAAGAAACGGAAGCUGGAAAGCGUAGAGACUGUCCAAAUCGCGAAACGUAUGCGGAAAUACAAGGCCGGUCGCCUCGCUCUCCUUCUCUCAAUCCCGAUGGAUGUUAUCUUUGAGAUUUUCGGCCAUCUCCAUCCUCACGAUCUGCUGCGCUUAGCUCGGACAUCUAGAGAAUUGCGAGGCAUACUCAUGCACAGGAGCUCCGUUACGGUAUGGCGCGCCGCCAUUAGCAAUGUUCCAGGUCUCCCCGGACCACGUCCAGGGAUGAAUGAGCCUCAGUGGACUGAUUUUGUCUUCAAUACGACCUGUCAGGUCUGCUCAAAAGUGGCUCGCAAGAUUGAUUGGGCCCUCUUUGUCCGUAUAUGUUCCAAAUGUGCCGGGCCAACGCAGGCAUUGGGCAUGCGUGUAUCUGGUUUGGGUUGUUUCCCCAAAACGGAUGUACUCCUUCAAGAUGUAGCCCCAUCUCGCCGUGAUUAUACUCGGCAUGCGAACCUCGUUUUCUUUCGCCCUUAUAUCAUGGAUAUUGUGACACGGUACUUGGCUUUGGAAACCGAGGAAGCCAAGGAGGCCUUCAUCAGCGAACAGACCCAGCUUGUCAAGGACUUGAAGCAGCACUCGAUUUUGUGUGAAGCAUGGUCUCGGGGGAUAGCCGACAACCGGUCGCAAGAGCUGACCGCGCGCAAGGACCACCGCUACAAUGCCAUCGUCGAUCGGCUCACCGCUUUGGGUUGGGGCUUUGAGAUUACAAGCCUCGAGUCUCGUGACGAUUUGAGAACGCAUAAACUUGUGAAAGGUACAAAUCCACUGACCGACCGCGGAUGGCUUAGCAUCAAGGUGGAGCUCGUGCAGUACAUGGAAGCCAUGAAGACAAAGCGAAUCGCAAAAGAGCGUGCUGCUCUCAUUCUCGUUCGUAAAGGCGUCGCGAACAAUGUGCUACGCAACUACAAGCGAUCGCAACUACCCUGGACUGAGGUCAUGCCUAGUGCUGGAGACUUUCAUCGUUUAACCCAAAUCGAAGACAUCCUCAAUCACCCGACCGAGAUCGGCGUUGAUGAAAAAUCCUUUGACGUUUUGCUGCCCGAGUUUCCUGCAAUGUUUGCGACCUGGCGGGAGCGAUUAGAAACCGAGAUGGUGGCUCUCUUUCGGAAACGGAAUCGGACUGACUCGAGCAGCAAAAGUGACCAAGAAGUUUCGGAUACACUGAGGCUUGCAACAACAGUUUUCCACUGCAAUUCCUGCGGCAGUGGCUCAGCACUCCCACUCUUCUGGCCCCGUGUUCUCGGCCAUCGCUGUCUGACGGGCUCAUCUCUGUCCAGUAUGCCCUACUUCCUCUCGCUGCUGUCAAACGGCCUGUCCGAUGAUCGCACGCUGUGGCACACAUCGUCGCUCAUGAUGCAUAAACGCGCGCCCUCUGUCAUUCGACUGUUGGUCGCUCUGUGCGGAAAGGAUCCCGACGUGACUACUGUGGAAGAGAUGGACGCUUCCUCUGCUAGAUUCGCUUGUCAUCAUUGUGCCCUUAGAAAGGUCGCAGACGUAGAUCCCAGCGCCGAAGCAGGCCCCAGCAGCAGACCCGGCCAGAAGCAGAUUGUGUUAGGUCCUUCGGCGCAGACGGUGGCGCCCAGUUCGCACUCCAUCGCAGAAGUACGGGCGUUCGACUGGCGCAAUGCGCUGAAACAUGACCUGAAAGAACACAGUGCAUUCGAAGGCGCAUGGUACCGAUUGGAUGACGCUGAUUCUGCCGUCGCUCGCAGUCUCGAGGUCGAAGUCACCGAGCUGGCUGUGAUUACCAUUGAUGGAACAGAUCCGAGCGAGACGGAAUCGAUUGCUACUGUGUCACAGCUGCCUCGGUCACUCUGGUGCUGCGCACAUUGCAUUGAUGUCAACGGGAUCCCAGAGUCGCGAACGAUGGAGGAGACGGAAUUGACGUAUCACCUAACUCAAGAACACGACAUCACUCAUGAUCUUGUGUUGAACGAGGACUACUACUGCAAUCUGGCUUGUCCGGAGGUGCCUGGUAUCGACAACCAACGACCGAGGCUUCGAAUCACCAUGCCUCCUGGACCGCCGACUCGUGCUCUUCAGUCGUGGGAGCGGUGCGACAUCGAUCCAGGGUUGUUUUGGCCCAGCUUCCUCGACACGUUCUACUCCGAUGAUGAAGCAGAGAUGAUGCGAGACAUUUACGGGAGCGACUGGGACGAAGACGAAGACGACUUCUACUUUUGAAAGACCGUCAAAACCCAGUAAAAAGCUGUAAGAUACGUCCAUUAAGUAAUCGGCUACUACAUUAUAAUACAAUCCUUGUCCUUGCCUCCUUUAGCCGGGCUGUCGUCUGGGCCGCGCUGCAGCAUGCCCCCUGGCCCAACAGGCGAUGUCAACGGGGUGUUCGGUGUCUUAAGCCGCUGGAUCGCUCGCUUGUCCCCCAGCUCCGCUGCCCGCUUGAAGUAGCUCAUCGAUUCGCGCGGAUUCGGCUGCGUUCCAAUGCCGACCUCCAGAAAGUAACCGCAAGCAUACAUCGCCUUGGCCAGGCCCGCGUCCGCAGCUUUCUGUGCCCAGAGAAAAGCCUCCGUAUCCGACUGCGGAAGCACACCAGGCGAUCCCACAAGAUACCACGCCGUCAGUGCAAAGCAGGCGUCCCGAUGGUUUUGUUGGGCAGCGAUGUUCUGCGGCGUUAGUGAGAAUGAGAAAAGGAGUCCUGUUUCAAAACCGACAACGCACGUAGUAGUGAAUCGACAAAGCCG